GUAGUAUGCAUAAACCCUCAUUACGAAUAACCAACACGUGGGAUGUAGAGUGAAAUUUUCUUUCACGAGUUCUCAUUAAUUGUAACUUGUAAUUCAAAUUAAAAUUAUGAUGGAUACAGAAGAGAUUAUAGUGAUAGAAAAAGUAAUGGAAGAUAGAAAUUUAAAUAAUGAAUUUAUAAACUGUACGUCAAAUAUUGAUGAAAGUAACAAUGUUCCAAGUACUAAUGAAGAUAAUUUAUCAACAUACAAAAAAGAUAUACAAAUUGUGGCAAAUCAAUGCACAGAUGAUUGUGAAGUAAUUAUAAUUAAUAAUGUAGAAACUCAACAAAAUUCUAAUAAAAAAGAUAACCUAAAUGAACGAGAGAACAAAUCAGCUGUGCUAUCAAAUAUUAAACAAAAUGAGGUAUUCAUCAACAAUAGUGACAAAAAUCAAGACAAAGAUAUAAUAUUAAAAAACUUAAAACAGAAGAAAGAUGAUGACAUUUAUAUUGUACAUGAAGUAAAUACAAUAUCGUCAGCUCAAAAAAGUGAUAAAGUGUCUUCUCUCGAUAGUAUUGCUAUAGAAUAUGGAGAUUCUGAUUCAGAAAUAGAAUUUAAUAUUGAUGAGAUUAAAUGUGAUUACAAUCAAAGUCAACCUUUGAAAGAAAUACAAAUGCAAACUUAUAGACAAAAUAAAGAAGUAUCAUCCAGUGAAGAAAGUGAUGAUGAAGAUUCUGCCAGUAGUAGUGAUUCUUCAGAAAUAGAAUCAAUUGAAUCAGAUAGUGAUGAUAUUUUAAGCAAGAAGAACAAAGGAAACAAUAGAAAAGAACAAAAGAAUAAUGAAAUGAAAAGUGAGUUAGAUGAUCUACCUCCUAUUGAAGAUUUAAAAAUUAGCAUGCCUGAAGUAUUAUGUGAUCCAUUAGGAGAGGUUGCGUGGAUGGUUGAACAAUUAGUUGUUGUAAAACCAAAACCUGGUAAACCAACAUUGAAUUUAGAUACAAUUUUAUUUAUUGACAAAGGACAGAGAACAUUAGGAAAAAUAUUUGAUGUUUUUGGACAAGUAAAUGAACCUCAUUAUUGUGUGAGAUUCAACAGCUCUAAACACAUAACAGAAUGUAACAUUACAGUAGGAAUGAGCGUUUAUUAUUGUCCAAAUACAGAAUACACUUCUUUAGUAUUCUUGCAUGAAUUAUUGAAAAUCAAGGGUAUUGAUGCAAAUGCAGAUGAUCCCCCAGAGUUUUCAGAUGAUGAAGAAGAACGGAUUUAUUAUGAACAACAAAAAGCAAAACAAACAAAUAAUAUUAAUCAAACUGAUAUUCCAUCUAAACGAAAGCGUAUUUCAAAUGAACCUGCUACUGGUUGGCAGUUAAAUCAUCCAUGGAAUAGAAAUAUGCAGAAUCAAAGAAGAGGAUUUUAUAGACGAGUAGAUAAGCGAUUUCCUACUAUGCAAACAAAAAACCAGUCCCAAAAUUUAUGGCCACAAUUUUAUCAAAAUAGAAACGAACCAUAUGAACAUGGAAUGCAUUCAUUGCAAUAUAUGCAAUAUAUGAACUAUAAUAGUGGUGUUAAUCAAAAUUUUUAUGGCUCGCACAAUUAUUACAAUGAAAAUGCUUCAUAUCUAAAUCCUAAAAUUCCUUUCAAUUCAUGUCCAAGAGUUCCUCCACCAGGGUAUGUAACACCACAGAAUCAUCCGAAUUCAUCUACAAACGUAAGAUUUCAACCUGCAAACAUAUCUUGGCUACCACAAAUGCCACAAGUGCCACAAGUUCCUAUUAGAAUGAAAUUACCAUGGAUACCUGUACCACCAUCUCCACCUCCUCCACCUCCUCCACCAACUUCGUCAUCGUCAAAUACUAUUUAAACAUUGGUAAUGUAAUUAUUUAUGUCAUAUUUUUUAAUUUAGUUUUAUAUAUAAAUAUUAUUUUGAAAGUAAAAGAGAAAUAGUCAUAUAUAUAUUAAAAUAUAUAUGUAUGAAGUAAUGACAAAACUAUUCUUAUUAUAUAUUAAUUAGUAAACUAUGAGCUAUAA